AUGCCUGAGACACGAUUGCCCGCCAGCCUGAGAGCCGCAAAUACCGUUUCGCGUCGUACAGUUGAUUUCUUGUCUGUGCGCCCUAAGGAUGUGAAUGGAAAGGGGGUGGCCGACGACACAGAUACCUCCGACUGCGCAUCCUCCUCCGCCUCCGCAGAAUCCCACGAGAUGAAUGGCACCAAGAUAAAUGGCACCGAGACAAAUGGUACCGACAAGCUAAAGCGCCCCAUAAUGGCUCGCAAGGCCUCCUCACCCAUGGCACCCACCUUUAUGGUGUCAGCACCAGGCAAGGUGAUCGUAUUCGGCGAGCAUGCUGUGGUUCAUGGCAAGGCUGCUAUGGCCGCAGCUAUCUCUCUUCGAUCCUAUCUCCUUGUCACCACCCUCUCCAAAUCACAGCGCACAAUCACACUGAACUUCCGAGACCUUGGAUUUAGUCACACCUGGAACAUUGACGACCUACCUUGGGACAAGUUCCGCGAGCCAUCGAAAAAGAAGUACUAUUACAGCCUUGUCACCCAACUCGAUCCUGAACUUGUCGAUGCAAUCCAGCCACACCUACAGGGAGUCUCCAAGGGUCUCCCGGAAGAACAGCGCAAAAUUCACGUCCGUUCCGCCUCCUCAUUUCUAUACCUUUUUCUCUCCCUAGGUUCACCGGAAAGCCCAGGCGCUAUCUACACUCUUCGAUCCACCAUUCCAACCGGGGCUGGCCUAGGCAGCAGUGCCAGUGUCUGCGUCUGUCUAAGUUCCGCGCUACUUCUACAAAUCCGCACCCUUUCCGGCCCCCACCCCGACCAACCUAUAGAGGAGGCCGAAACACAGAUCGAGCGCAUCAACCGCUGGGCAUUUGUUGGAGAGCUCUGCAUCCAUGGCAACCCCAGCGGGGUAGACAACACGGUGGCCGCAGGCGGCAAGGCUGUGAUUUUCCGGCGUCAGCGUUACACGGAUCCCCCAACGGUCAUCCCUCUACCCACCUUCCCCGAGCUACCCCUCCUCCUUGUCAACACCCAACAGGCGCGUUCUACACAUACCGAAGUUGAGAAAGUAGGAAACCUCCGACAAGCCCAUCCAGUUGUGGCCGAAUCGAUUCUUAAUGGCAUUGACGAAGUGACACGCUCUGCACAACGCUUAAUCGAGGAUCCCGAGUCCGAGGACUCUAAAUUCAGUAUCUCCGAGGCCACGCUCGACUACUUCGGCACCCUGAUCCGUAUCAACCACGGCUUCCUCGUCUCUCUAGGCGUCUCCCACCCCCGCCUAGAGCGCAUCCGUGAACUUGUUGAUUUCGCAGACAUCGGCUGGACGAAGUUGACUGGGGCAGGCGGUGGCGGUUGUGCGAUCACGCUCCUCCGCCCUAAUGCCGACCCGAGCGUUAAGCAGGACCUUGAAGCGAAAUUUGCCGACGAAGGCUUCAUCAAAUACGAGGUCACCCUGGGUGGCGACGGCGUCGGUGUUUUGUACCCCGCCGUUCUGCGCAACGGCUCCCACGAAGAGGGCGGCGAGGAGAUCGAUCAGCAGAAAUUCGAAGAAGCCGAGGGCCCUGAAGGCAUCGAGCGUCUUGUUGGUGUCGGAGUUGGAGUUGAAGAGAAGAGAGGGGGCUGGAAGUUUUGGAAGCGAGCCUAG